GAUCUAUCCAUCUCAUGCCUGUUUCUUCCGUCUCCUCUCUUCCUUGCCAGAAUCCUGAGUUUCUCUCUGACUGUGCUUAGUUCCAUCAUAACUAUAUCGUUCUGAUUGCAGUUUCCGUUUCGAUUAUCGUUAAUGGUGUUUUUGUUUCCGGGAAAGUGAUAAACUUUGAAGCGCGAUUUUGGUGUUCUAAAGCAAGUUCGAGAAGGGGAUCAGAAGAUACAUUUACAAUCUCUCGAGUACGAUUCGGUUCAUGGAAUCAAUCGAGCAGUCUAUAAUCCCAGGUUUGCCUGAUGAUUUGGCUUUGAGAUGCAUAGCGAAGCUUUCUCAUGGGUAUCAUGGAGUGCUCGAAUGUGUUUCCAGAGGCUGGAGAGAUUUAGUUCGUGGUGCUGAUUACUCGUGCUAUAAAGCUAGAAAUGGAUGGUCAGGGAGCUGGUUGUUUGUGUUGACGGAACGUUCUAAGAAUCAGUGGGUUGCUUAUGAUCCUGAAGCUGAUCGAUGGCAUCCAUUGCCUAGAACUAGAGCUGUUCAAGAUGGUUGGCAUCAUUCUGGUUUUGCGUGUGUUUGUGUUUCCAAUUGUCUUCUUGUGAUUGGGGGUUGUUAUGCGCCUUCGGUGUCAUCGUUUCCUCAUCAGAAGCCUGUUGUCACUAAAGAUGUCAUGCGGUUUGAUCCGUUUAAGAAACAAUGGAAAAUGGUUGCUAGUAUGCGAACACCACGGACUCACUUUGCUUGUACUUCUGUCUCUGGCAAGGUUUAUGUUGCUGGAGGUCGUAAUUUAACUCAUUCCAGGGGAAUCCCAUCUGCUGAGGUUUAUGAUCCUGUCGCUGAUAGGUGGGAGGAAUUACCAGCAAUGCCUAGACCACAGAUGGACUGCUCGGGGUUAUCGUACAGAGGCUGCUUUCAUGUUUUAAGUGACCAGGUGGGAUUUGCAGAGCAAAAUUCAUCUGAAGUUUUUAAUCCACGAGACAUGACUUGGUCCACUGUGGAGGAUGUCUGGCCUUUCUCUAGAGCCAUGCAGUUUGCUGUUCAGGUGAUGAAAAAUGAUCGGGUGUAUACUAUUGUAGAUUGGGGAGAAAGCUUGAUCAAGACUAGGGAUACAGAUGAAGGGGAAUGGUACAAUGUUGGUUCAGUUCCUUCUGUUGUUCUUCCUAAUCAUCCGAGAGAGUUAGAAGCCUUCGGUUAUGGGUUUGCAGCUCUAAGGAAUGAACUCUAUGUUAUAGGAGGUAAGGUCCUUAAAUGGGAAGAAUCAGGGGCAGGGAGAUUUGACAUUGUGAGAUUGCCUGUUGUGAGGGUAUGUAACCCUUUGGAUAGACCUCUGAAUUGGAGAGAGACCAAACCAAUGUGCAUUCCAGCCGGUGGGUCGAUCAUUGGUUGUGUAUCCUUGGAAGAAUCUUCUCCCCCUUAACCAAGGUGAUAGAAUCUUUCUUGAUGUAUAAAAUUGGUAUGUUCAAUUCUUUGAUUGUUGCAUCGUGAGAUGUAAAAGUAGUUAAAAGGAACCAUGGAAAGCACUUGGUUGUCAUUGAUAUCUUCUGUUGUCUUUUUACAAACAAGUAAGUUCACGUUGUUAUAUGAUCAUUUCUUUUACAGAAGUGUCGUUUGGCUUAUGUACAAAAAUAAGAUAGACUGAAAUUUAGCAUAUCUUUUUUUUUUCAUGCUUGCAUGGAAACUCCAAUUAUAGCCAUAAACUUAGCUGUGUGUUAGUUUGCAGUUGAUUAUGGUUGCGUAUUUUCCAAUAAGGGUUUCUGACACUCUUUAAAUUAUUUUCCAAUAAUAUUCAUGGAAUCAGUGUGUUCCUUCUCUGAGUAAGACCUUGGUCCCACUGUGAAAGUGGAAGCUUUUGCUGUAAUACUCACUGCACAGACAUCUGGACACUUGAGGCUAACUGGAAACCGUGAGGGUGAAAACAGUUGUUUUAAAGGGAAGUAGUUACCGAAGAAGUCAACCUAUAAUGCAUUUAUCUUCCAGGUAAAGGCUUCCACUUUUAUGUGAAUGAGUUCAGUUUGUCAUCCUAUGAUAUGAUUACUGCAAGAAGGUUACCGGCCGUGGUCAGGCCAUUACUGUCACUCAUAUUUGGAAUUAAACUUGUACAUAAUAAGAUUCAUGUUAUAUCUCAGUGUAUUUGAGUGUUAGUGAUUGUUAUGUGUUCAUUUGACCUACACCAAGGUGUAUCAUGUGUAUAGACCAAACACUUGAAUGAUAAAUUAAGAGUGAUACAAAUAGUUUGCUUC